CACACAGACGCUCUCACUUCAGCUUUGCACAGGAUGUUGCAAAAUCCUCCACCCCGUCGGUGAAAUUCAGCGGCGGGUCGCUCGCCCGCACGGCACGCGCUCACUCCGCCUCGUCCGCUCGCCCGGCGUUGACGCGCGCAGCAUAGGAGGACGGGAGGACGACGUAGCGAUGGCCGCGACCGAGGGCGACUCGGACGAGGUGACGAUAAUGCGCGAGGAGGCGGAGGACGUCUUCUACGAAGACGGUGUGUCGUCGCGCAUCCCGGAGAUCAUGGCGGCCGCCGGGACGCACUCGCCGGGAGGGCCCAACGGAAUCAUCCGGAGCCAGUCGUUCGCCGGCUUCAGCACGCUGCAGGAGAAACGCUCGCGGUGUAAUUCGUUCAUGGGCAACUCGGUGGCGCAGAAGAAGCCCGCGUCCAAGCCCAAGAAGCCUCACCUGUCCGGCCACAAGGGCGGCGGCGGCGGGGGCGGCGGCGGCGGCUCCCGGGAGCCUCAGCCCCGCAGGUUGGAGGAAGUCUACAACGCGCUCAGACGAGGCCUGGAUGAAUAUCUGGAGGUGCACCAGACGGAGUUGGACAAGCUGACGUUUCUCAUGAAGGACAUGAAGAGGAACUCGCGGCUGGGUGUGCUCUACGAUCUUGAUAAGCAAAUCAAAGCCAUCGAGAGGUACAUGAGACGGCUGGAGUUCCACAUGAGCAAGGUGGACGAGCUUUACGAGGCCUUCUGCAUCCAGAGCCGGCUGCGCGACGGCGCCGGCCGCAUGAAGCAGGCCUUCACGUCCUCGCCGUCCACCAAGGCCACCAAGGAGAGCGUCGCCGAGGUCAACCGCCGCUACAAAGAAUACACCGAGAACAUGAGCGCCUUUGAGAGCGAUCUGGAGAACUUGCUCGGGGAAUUUCACAUCAAGAUGAAAGGUUUGGCAGGAUUCGCCCGCCUGUGCCCGGGAGACCAGUAUGAGAUCUUCAUGCGUUACGGUCGGCAGCGCUGGAAGCUGAAGGGCCGCAUCGAGGUCAACUCCCGGCAGAGUUGGGACGGCGACGAGAUGAUCUUCGUGCCGCUCGUCAGCGACUUCAUCAACAUCAAGGUGACGGAGCUGAAGGGGCUGGCCACGCACCUGCUGGUGGGCAGCGUCACCUGCGAGACCAAAGACCUGUUCACCGCCGCGCCGCAGGCGGUGGCCGUGGACGUCAACGACCUCGGCACCGUCAAGCUCAACCUGGAGGUCGCCUGGUACCCCUUCGACGUGGAGGACCUGACGCUGUCGUCGGGCAACGUGAGCAAGGCGACGGCGCUGCAGCGGCGGGUGUCGGUCUACAGCCAGGGCACGCCCGAGACGCCCACCUUCCAGGACGCCGCCUUCUUUUCGACGCUACCGGACGACGUGUUCGAAAACGGCGGCUCGGCGGAUUGCCAGCGCCUGUCCUUCGCCUUCUCGGACGCGUCCUGCCCGAGCCCGGCGCCCAGUUCGCACUCGCCGGCGCCGUCCAACCCGGAGAUCACCGUCACGCCGCCCGACACGGACGCGUCGCCCUCGCCCGCCGGGCCGCGGGAGGGCUCCAUUGCCGAGGAAGACGAGGAUGGGGAGGAAGACGGCGGCGAUGCCGUGGCGCCCGAGGAUGUCUUCCUGGACCACGCCGACCAGCUCAAGCCGGUCCAGUUGGAACAGGACGACGACGACGGCGGCGGCGGCGGCAACCUGACGCGGCAGCUGGUGAAGCGGCUGACGUCGACGGACGAGGAGGGCGGCGGCUGCGGCCCGGCGGGGGGCGGCGCCCUGGAGGACGCCGUCCACGGUCUGCUGCUGACGCUGGAGGCGCUGACGCAGCGAUGCCGAGAGCUGCAGGACCUGGAGCAGGAAGUCAUGCGGCUGGAGGACCUCUUGAAGUGCCGCCUGCCGGGCCGCAGGAGCCGCUCGUCCAGCCUCAGCCUGACGGUGGAAAGCGCGCUGGAGAGCUUCGACUUCCUCAACACGUCCGACUUUGACGACGACGACACCGGCGACGUCGUCCUCGCCACGCCGCCCCUCUUUGACGGCGACAGGAACGGGGGGCAGCACCCCGAGGCGCGGGGCCACCCCAGCGAGGCCCUGACGGAGGACACGGGGGUGGGCAACAGCGUGGCGGGCAGCCCCUUGCCCCUCACCACGGGCAACGACAACCUGGACGCCGCCCUUGUGGUCCACCUGCAGUACUGCCAGCGCCUCAUCCAGAUGCUCAGCGACGCGGCCCCGUGCCGCCGGCGCCGCGUCCUCCUCAAACUCUCGUCGCAGACGGCGCUGCUGGAGGAGCUGGCCGAGGUCAUCGCGGACCGGCCGGGGGCGCCGCCGUCCCCCGCCGAGGCGGUGGCGGGCCUGGCGGCGCGGGGGGGUCUGCUGGCGUUGUGGGCGGAGUGCAGCGGGUCGGCGGGCCUCUUCCACACCACGCUGGAGCGGGUCGUCGACGGCAUGACGCGGCGCUACCGGGAAACGCUCGCCGAGAAAUACCCGCGGAGCUGCCACACAGCCAUCGCUUUGGUGGCGCGCGAGAUGGCCGACCGGAACGACGGGCCCGAGCCCGACCCCGCGUCGGACGACCCGACUCGCCACCCCGUCACCGUCUUCCAGUUCCACGCGUACGCGGCCGAGCGCCAAGUCGGCGACAUGGAGACGCACCUGCUGCACUUGGCCGAGGAGGGUGAGCCGCCGACGGCUAAAUUAUCAAUGAUGAUAAAUGAUAAUACGAUGAUUGCUCAGGAAAUUCUACAAUCGUGGCGCAUAAAUUGCUCACCCCAAAAAUGUGAAAUUUGCGCGCGUUCAGAUUCGUUUAGCGAGCGAUUGGUCGGCGGAGACGCGCACGAGCGUUUAUCGGCGCUGCGGGAGGUGCCCGCCUGGCGCCUGUGGCCCCGCGGCGCCACCUUGAGGACGCUGGCCUCGCUCCUGACCUCCGACGACCCCGACGUCAGCGAGGCGGCCUCCGCCUACCUCGCCGCCGAGCCGACGCACGGCCAUUUUAGAAACAAGGCGGUGGAGUGUUACACCGAGGCGCUGUCGGAGGAGGGCGUUCGAACCCGGAUGGCGGCGUGCGCGGCGCUCGGCUGCCUGCAGGCGGCGGAGAGCGUCCGCGCCGUGGCGGCGCUGUGCGACUCGGCCGACGACGACCUGCGCCGCGUCGCCAUAGAAACGCUGCUCACGUUGGGCGAGGAAGGUCGCCUGGCCUACGAGCAACUGGACACGGUGCCGAGAGAGAUGAUCCAUUUGGGGGGGCGGCGGGCCAACGCCGUCAGCACCACCUUUUGAGACGCCGACGUGCCACGCCGGGGUGGUGGGGGGGGGGGGUGGAAAAUAAUUCCCCCCCCCCCAAAAAAAAAAAAAAAAUCUGUACAAGAUCUGCACAGGUACACAAUAAAUAUUUGGGGUUGAACUGGAGAGCACAAAGUUUCACUGGACUUGAUAGGAGCACACUGCGACUCGUCAGUUCCUCACUUUUUCCACUCGUUACUGUGAAAGCCCUUUUUUUUUUUUUUUUUAAUUUAAUUUUAAUCACCCCCCCCCCCCCCGCCUUUCCCUCGAUUACACACUUUUUGCACUUGUAAAUACGCGGCCAGGAUGUAUAUAUAAGUUUGUACAACAAAUUUUGGUGCGCGCGCGUUGUCACAGGGAGGCGUCCGCUCGGACGUGCAGUUUUUCAAGUGCAAUUCUGCUGAUUUUUUUUUUUUUUUUUAAUUUAUUGUUGGCGCCUGCGAACGACGUCCUGUGGCUUGUAUGUUAUGUUCUCUGCUCAAUCAGGUGCGUUUUACUUUAUUUUAUUUUUAAACGGCCUCUGUUGAUUUAAUUGGAUUUUAGUUUUUAAAUAAUUUAUUUAGGAAAAAAUGAUAGAUUUAUAUGCCCUAAAAAAAAUAAUUUUACUUUGUUUGCUGAAAUGUAUUUUAACCAAAGCAAUUGAAAAUGAUUAUUUUUGGUGUAUUUUCCAACUUAAUUCCAAUUUGGCCACAAUCGUCAUGUUUUAAAAGCACAACUAAAACAAGCCAUAUGUUUUACUGAAAACUAUUUUGGAAAAAUGUAUUUUUAUGACAUUUGUUAAAUAUGUGAACUUCUGAGCUCCCCCCCCCCCAUACUUUGCAGAGUAACAUUUUCUUCAACUUGAUGUAAAGAAACAAAAAAAAUAGGCAUUACAGUUUUUAUUUUUUUGCCUCAUUUGACCAGUUAUGAAAUGAAUACUUCCGCAAUGUAUUCAGUCAAAACAAAAACGGCAGGCGAGCACACGGGCGGCGUCGAGCUCGACGUGACCGGACGGACUGUAAAAGGCGCCGUUUGCUUGUUACAAGUUGCAAUAAAGUUUAUUUUUGCAGAAUUGUACAUUUAAAAUUCA